AUGUUGACUAAAGGAGAAUCAGCUCGACAAAGUCUAGCAAAUUGUUUCUUGGAUCUCAGAAACAAGUUGCGAUCCGGCGGCUCCAAUCCUCGUUUGAAUCAAGGCCAAUUAUCCGAUGUGCAGAGCCUUAUGGGAGAGAUUGAAGCGCUAGAGCUCUCAAUUCGCAUGCUUAAUAAAUGGGGAGAUCUGACGGAUAUGCACGACAUAUUGUCCUGGCUUGAGCAUGCCUGUCGAGAGCCUAUUGCGGAAUACGACCAGUUGGAAGAAAUCCUCAAAGGAUCUCGUUUGACCAUCUGCAUCAGGGCUUUAUAUCCCAUUAUUUGCUCGGCGUUUAUUACGAAAGACAUCAAAGGUCAAUACCAGCAGCUCAUCACAAGCGCCAUUAAAUUCUUUGAAAAGAAGAUGGCGGAGGCCGCGUUCUCCGAGAUCAAUCUCUUUGGUCAGUGCUCAGAUUUCUGCGGAGCCUUAAUUCAACAAAUUCGACAGGUGACGGCCUAUGAUUCGGAGGAUCUUAACUUCAAUCAGCGAGGCUCGGCUCUCUGCCUGUAUUCCGAGUCAGACCAAGCUGGUAUAUGCAGCAAACUCAGAAGUGAUAAUGUACCCCCCGUUGGAAUUUAUAAAUGGUCCGAGGAAAAGAAUGCCGUGGGGGUUUUGAACUUGCUAUUACAUGACAAGGUAUCUUUCAAAGACGCAAUCGAAUGGUUCACACCGCUCAUUGUGGUCGCGGCUCAACUAUACAACACUCCAUGCAUUCUGGCGCUGAAAGAUGAGAAAUUCGAAGCUAGCACCCCACAGGGUCAAGGAAACGAGUGCUUCAUCUGUGCGGACAAGCUUGAUGAAGACAACAUAAUCUCUCGGUUGCCUUGUCAACAUUACUUCCAUCGACAAUGUGUCGUAUCUUGGCUUUGCUACAAGGAAACCUGUCCAAUGUGUCGCCAUCACAUAUAA